AAAAACCAAAACAAAGAGGAACAAUAGCAACACAACAAAAUCUUGUCUAUUGAACAAUUCACUUUUCCAGUCUGUGGAUACCGCUCUAACUAAGUACGGCACUUUGAGAUUUGUUCACAUCGGACGGACUGAAGAGGGAGGCAAGACCUGUGGACCGGGUUUUCCCUCGCAAGUCUGAAUCGGCUCUCACUACUUAUCCCGUGAUAAAAAACCCUAAAGGAUAACACGCUUGGACGUUUAUUUCCCUAAUUUCGCAGGAGGCUCUUUUCACGCAAAUUGUCCUAAAUGUUUGGAAUUCAGGAAACUAUACCGCGGGGUGGGACGACGAUGAAGGAGGAACCGCUCGGUGGACUGAACUCGGUCCGCUCCUGGAUGCACACAGCUGGGGUGGUGGAUGCAAACACAGCCGCCCAAAGUGGUGUCGGCUUGGCACGGGCACAUUAUGAAAAGCAGCCCCCUUCCAACCUCAGAAAAUCCAAUUUUUUCCAUUUCGUCCUGGCGCUGUAUGACAGGCAGGGUCAGCCCGUGGAGAUCGAAAGGACAGCUUUUGUGGACUUUGUGGAGAAAGAAAAAGAACCAACCAGUGAAAAAACUAACAAUGGGAUUCAUUAUAAACUACAGUUAUUGUACAGCAAUGGCGUCAGAACAGAACAGGAUCUUUACAUACGGUUAAUCGAUUCCAUGACGAAGCAGGCCAUAAUUUAUGAGGGCCAAGACAAGAAUCCAGAAAUGUGCAGAGUUCUUCUUACCCAUGAAAUUAUGUGCAGCCGAUGCUGUGACAAGAAAAGCUGUGGAAACAGGAACGAGACUCCAUCAGACCCUGUGAUCAUCGACAGAUUCUUCCUAAAGUUCUUCCUCAAGUGCAAUCAGAACUGUCUGAAGAAUGCAGGGAAUCCACGAGACAUGCGCAGAUUCCAGGUUGUCGUAUCGACGACCGUCAAUGUGGACGGCCAUGUCUUGGCUGUCUCUGACAACAUGUUCGUACACAACAAUUCCAAGCAUGGGCGAAGGGCUCGCAGACUCGACCCUUCAGAAGGUACGCCUCCUUAUCUGGAGAAUGCAGCCACCCCGUGCAUCAAGGCUAUCAGCCCAAGUGAGGGAUGGACCACUGGAGGAGCCACUGUCAUCAUCAUAGGGGACAACUUCUUUGAUGGCCUACAAGUCGUAUUCGGCACCAUGCUAGUAUGGAGUGAGCUGAUAACUCCUCACGCCAUCCGCGUCCAGACUCCACCUCGGCACAUCCCCGGUGUUGUGGAAGUCACGCUGUCCUACAAGUCCAAGCAGUUCUGCAAAGGCGCCCCUGGGAGAUUUGUCUAUACUGCCCUGAAUGAGCCAACCAUCGACUAUGGUUUCCAGAGGCUGCAGAAGGUCAUCCCCAGACACCCCGGCGAUCCUGAGAGGUUACCAAAGGAGGUGCUACUGAAGAGGGCGGCUGAUCUCGUUGAAGCCCUGUAUGGAAUGCCCCACAACAAUCAGGAGAUCAUUCUGAAGAGGGCAGCUGACAUUGCCGAGGCCCUGUACAGCGUUCCCCGCAACCACAACCAGAUCCCCUCUCUCGCAAACACAGCCUCCCACGGCAUGAUGGGAGUCAACUCCUUCAGCAGCCAGCUAGCAGUCAAUGUGUCUGAGUCACAAGGGAAUGACCAAGUGGGCUACAGCCGGAACACCAGCAGCGUGUCCCCCCGGGGCUACAUCUCCAGCAGCACCCCACAGCAGUCGAGCUACAACUCCGUCAGCAACAGCAUGAAUGGCUACGGCAAUGCCGGUAUGAACCUAGGAGUGCCAAGCUCCCCUGGGUUCCUCAACGGAUCCUCUGCCAACUCCCCAUAUGGAAUUAAACAAAAGAGCGCCUUCGCCCCUGUGGUCCGACCUCAGGCCUCCCCACCCCCCUCCUGCACCAGCGCCAACGGCAACGGACUGCAAGGUGAGCCCCCCUCACCCCCUCAUCCCUUCCCUACGGACUACUGGUCAGAUACCGCUGCUCAGGCCUCUGUCCGGUUUGCCAUGUCCGGCCUGGUUGUCCCUCCAAUGUAAAUGCACUUUUAUCAUCUCAAGCACCAGUCUUCACAAUACCACUUCACAGAAGCACACGGCAAAAAUGCUGGUGUAAUGUAUAGUCAACCGCUUGUUCUGUCUUUAAAGAUGAAGAGAAAAAAGAAAACAAACGUUUUGUUUCUUUUAAAUGACUUUUGCAAACCUGCAGAAAAAAAAGGAUUUCAUGAGGAACAAUAUAUAUUUUUUUCUGUGGGAUUUCUUUGUUUGUUUAGGCCCCCCCCCCCCCCCACCAUUUGAUCACCCUUGAAGAAGACACGGGAUGAUGAAGGGUUUAUUUUGUAUACCUGUCAGGUUGUGCUUCGGCCUUGGAUAUGUCCAAUCAACCACACAUUCAAUACUGGAAGGGACUCUGUGGACUCACCAUCUGGUUGUAAUGUAAAAACACUGAUGUACAGUACAUUUGCCAAUGAACUUCAGAAAUUGUUUUUCUGUUUCAACUCUCUUUUAAUAGAUUCACAACAGUUGUGUGUCUUUAUAAUGUGACUUUUUGUAUUUUUAUGUGUGAGAAAAAUACACAGGGGCCAAGACAGUUUGAAUUUCAACUGGAAAUUAUAUGAAAUAUAUAAUGUAGAAAAUUGAGCAUAAAAGUACAACAAAUACAAGUAAAAGGGGUGGGAUGGGUGGGUAAGGUUGUAUCAUGUUUCAUUCCUGCAUUUUAACUUAAAGUUUGUAAUUUAUUGUAGCUAGAAAUCAUCUUCAAAAGUUAAAAAAAAAAAAUCCUCUUGAUUCAACAAGCACACUGAUGUGUACAAAACACUGCUCUGUUGAUGAAUAUGAUGUACUUCCAUGUCUAGAGCUUCCUUUUAAGCAAGUGUGUUUUGCCAUGUUUUUCAACUCUUUUGCUAGCACUGUAUAUUAAUGCAUUCCUAGGCUACUGUGAAGUCUGUUUCUUGUUGAUGAGGAGCAGUCUCCCCUUCUAGCUCCAACUCCCUUAUGUGUUUUAUAUGUGGUUAAAAAUUGUAGACUAUUGUGAUAUUGCCAAACUUGUGCUAAAUAUUUAUACAUCUGUCUUUUUCAUGUUCUUUUAGAUCAACAAAAAACAUUUAAAAAACAAAAUUAAAAUCCAUUGACAAUGUAGGAGUAUAGUAGUUCAUCGUCAUAUUUCUGUUCAAAUACACACUUGCGCUCACUGAGGGAAAUUUUGUAACAUAUCAACUAUAAAUAAUGUAUUUAUCUCUGAAAUUUUGUAUAUUGCUUUUCAUUAUGUAUGUAUUAAUCGUCAUGCCCUUAAUAUAGUGAUGCAGCACAGAUAAUUCAGCCAAGAACUGUUGCCUUCAUUUGUUUUCUUUUUGUAUUUGAUGAAAUGCAAUGUGCAUAUAUUUCAUGUGUAUCCUCAAAAAUUUGUGUUACUCCGUCAAGACUCUCUGUCCAUUUUUUAAAGGGGAAGUCAAACUUCAUUGUUUAUUUUUAUAUUGAUUUUAAAUUAUCUAUACAGACCAUUUUGGAGAAAACUUUGUUGGUUGUAUUGUCAAAUAAAUUGUUUGUGACCCAUAUGAUAGUUGUUAAGAUCCAAUAGAGACUAAUGUGCAUGAGGGACAACCUUGGAGAUAAAAAAACACUCCAUUUGUGGUUGUAUUUUUUUCUGUUUUGUAGAAUGUAUAGAAGUCAUUUUUACUCACCACUUAUGACUCUGCCACAUAGCUUACAUGUGUUUACAGGGAAGAAAAUUUAAAAAUGUCAACAUUUGGAAUGGGAACAGAAAUGAAUAAGUGAUGUUUUAUUAAAAUUUUCAGUAAAAACACAAUAGUUCCUCAACUGUGGACUUCUUCAGUUUUAAGUACAGUUUGGCUGGCAGACAAACUGACAAUCAGAACAAAGAAAAAAAGACAGUAGAAACUUCUGAAGACAAACCUGUGAUUCGUCUGUAAGUUGUAGUGUUUAGACUUUGCCAUAGAGAUAACUGUUUGAAACCUGUGGAAAAGUGUAACAUCCAUAAAAGAUGAAAACUGC